AUGCUUCGCGUCGCCGCCGCGACCGCGCGCGCGCCGUGGCUCGGCGCCGCGUACGCGCUCUGGCGCGGCGCGCGACGCGUCGCGCGCCGCGGGCGCGCGGCGCCCAAGCCGAGGGCGUCGCGCGCGAGGCCGCUCUCGACGCGCGGCGCGCUGGAGGAACGACGCGACUCGGCGACCGCCGCCGCGCCCGCGGACGCGCGCGAGGCGGCGGACGACGCCGACGCCUCGCGCGCGACGGCGACGCGCGCGCGCCUCGAACGUCUCGCGCGCGUGCUCAUCGCGACCACGACCGUCGCCGCCGCGGUCGCGACCGCGAACGGAGGAGCGUCGUCCUCGUCCUCCUCCUCCUCCUCCUCCUCCUCCUCCUCCUCCUCCUCCUCGCGCGCGCGCGAGGAAAAAAAACGACGCGCCGCGCUCGAGCGUCGCGUCCGCGUGCGCGUCUCCGAACGCGACGGCGUCGUCGCGUUCGACGCGAGCGUCGCCACGGUCGCGCCGCGAGCGCGCGCGUGGGACGCCGUCAAGCGCGCGGUCCUCGGCGAGCUGCGGCCGAGGUUGGACAUGCGAGACAUCGUGUGGCAGCGCGCGACGGUCGAGGGACAGCCGGCGCGUCCGGCGUUCGCGCCCUCGACCACCGCGCGCGUCAUCGACCAGGAAGCGACGUGGCGCUGGGGGCUUCUCGGCGGGAAGUCUCGCAUGCGACUGCUCGUGAAGACGACGGACGCGGAGGCGGAGGCGAGCUUCGCGCUGAUGCAGCCGUCGGAGGUCGGCGGCGCCAAGUCGGCGACGCUGCGAGGUGAGACCAUCUUCGGACCGAGACUGAUCCCCAUACGACCGCGCGCGCGAGGUGAACGCCGAUCCUUGAGGACUCGCUCACUUCUCCAUCGUUCUCUCCUUCUCCGUUUCUUUCGCGCAGACUACCGCGGCGUCAUGGGCGUCGCCCGCGCGCCGCCGGUGGACGCGCGCGACGCCGAGUCUCCCGAGACCCGAGGCGGGUGCGUGCUGUACAUGAGAGGCGAAGCCGCGGGCGCGGAGCUCGGGUUCGCCGCGAGAGCUGUCGCGUCGAGGGCGAUGAAAGAGGCGCUUCGAGGCCAGGUCGUGAGGACGCUCGCGGACGUCUGCUUCGUGUCCGACGCUUUAAUAACGGACGAGUGA